AUGAUUAGAAGCUUGAAAGAUGGACAACAAAAUUCAGAGAAUAGUGCUGUUCAAGAUAAAAAUGGUAAAUUACUUAUCAGUUCUAGGGAUAAAUUGGACAGACGGAAAGAAUGCUUCUAUGAGUUAUUAAAUGUUAAAUCGAUCAUUGAUUCAAAUGUUAGUUACCACAUCUCGACACUCUCAAUACCAACAACAAAACGAGAUAGACAGGAUAAACCAUUGACACUAGAAGAACUUGAUCAAGCAUUAAAACGAAUGAAGAGUCGAAAAGGUCGUGAUAAUGACGAUAUUAGUGCUGACAAAUUCAAAGUAGAUAUUCAAAAAGCUUAUGAUUCAAUUAAAAAAGAAUUAUUAUGGAAAAUUUGUCAACAUUAUGGUUUAACAAAAAAAAUCGUUCGGUUACUUAAGUUAAUAUAUAAAAAUACAAGAGGAAAGGUAGGAAUGAAUGGUGUGUUUUCCGAAACUUUUGUUAUUGAAACUGGUGUUAUGCAAGGGAGAACUCCUUCAUCUAUUUUAUUAUAUAUCCUAUUCGAUUUCAUUAUCAGGCAGGUGUUAGAAGAAGCACCACGGAAAAGUAUUAAAUGAGCCUAUGGUAGCAAUAAUUUUUUAUCAUGAUAAUCGAGAAAAGUACGAAAAAUUUAACAUUCUAACAUUAGUAUAUGCGAAUGACCUGCUCGCAAUGCGUAAUAACAUAAAUGAUCUUCAAAUGUUUAUUGAUGUCUUUGAAAAAGUAACACAAAAAGAUGGCUUAAUAAUGAAUGUGAAGAAGACAUGUAUAAUGCUCUUAUAACAUUUUAAACAAGAUAUAAAUGGAAAAAUUUUAAAAGAAUCGAGCAACCAAUCAACCUGAUAUUGGUUUUACAAUUAGAAACCAAAAAUUGAAAUAACAGACUCGUUUUGUUAUUUAGGGUGUGUACUUUCUAUAAAUAAACGAUCUGAUAAGAAAAUAGAAUCUAUAGUCAGAGGCAAAAGUUUAAGCGAUCUGCAUUUGUCCUUUCUCUUGUUCUGAGUCUAUCGAAGUCCAAGUAAGUCGAACCCAUUUCGUUCACCUAUCAUCUUGUGCAGUUUUCGAC